CUUUCAGAUUAGAAUUUACUCAGUGAAACACUGCAUAGGUUGCUGAUGUGCACAUUUGUAAUGGAUUACAGUGUGACCGUUUAUGUAUUUGCUCACACAGGAGGAAAGAAGAAACCCCUGAAGGCUCCUAAGAAGCAAUCGAAGGAGAUGGAUGAGGAUGAGAUGGCUUUCAAGCAGAAGCAGAAGGAGGAGCAGAAAGCAAUGGAUGCGUUGAAAGCCAAAGCAGCAGGAAAAGGACCCUUGACUGGUGGUGGAAUCAAGAAGUCUGGAAAGAAAUGAACUGGUGGUGUUGGUUACCUGGAUUUGGGAACGUUGUGUGAAAAACACCAUUCAGUUCUGCUUUGGGGCCACAAAUGCAAAUGUACACAAGCUAGCAUUUUUAAUACCCUCCUGUGAGGAUAGGAAGGAAACAGACAAAUAGUUUUGUAUGUAUUUUGUGUGGAAUCAGACACUGUUCAUUGUAUAAAGGAGUAGAAAAACACACACGAUCUCAGAUUUUUAGAUGUAUAUUAUAAUUUUAAACAUUUCAACCAUGCAUUUAUUUUCCAGCAAACUGGUUCCUUUAUUCCAGGUCCUCUGGCAGGGUUUUCUGUCUCAUGGCUUCAUCUAAUUCUUGCGUUUGGCAGACCCUAAAGCAAGAGGGGUUUUUUUUUGGUCAUUUGAAUUCACUUCUGUUUUGUGUAUUAGGUCGUAGUUGACAAUUUGUGUGUACAAAAUAAAAAAUUAUGCUGCUUA